CUGCUGGACUGGAGGGAUCCAGACGAGACUGGACACUCUCAGGGUGGAGCCUGCUGGAGUCCGAUGGUUGAGUCCAGGUCUGAGGAAGUAUUCCUGUGAACUCACAGUCGACACAAACACAGUAUACAGAGAGAUUAAACUGUCUGACAACAACAGGAAGAUGACACGUGUGGAGGAGGUUCACUCAUAUCCUGAUCAUCCAGACAGAUUUGACCACUGGCCUCAGCUGCUGUGUAGAACUGGUCUGACCGGUCGCUGUUACUGUGAGGUCGAGUGGAGAGGAAGAGUUGAUGUAUCAGUGAGUUACAGAAGAAUCAGAAGGAAAGGAGUCAGUGAUGACUGUGUGUUUGGAUGGAACGAUCAUUCCUGGAGUCUGAGCUGCUCUGAUGGUGGUGGUUACUCUGUCAGUCACAAUAACAGAUCAACAUCCAUCUCCUGCUCCUCCUCCUCCUCCUCCUCCUCCUCCUCGUCCUCGGUCUCUCACAGAGUAGCAGUGUAUGUGGACUGUCCUGCUGGCUCUCUGUCCUUCUACAGAGUCUCCUCCGACACACUGAUCCACCUCCACACCUUCAACACCACAUUCACUGAACCUCUUUAUCCUGCGUUUGGACUCUGGUGGCCUGUUUCUGGUUCUGAUUCUUCAGUGUCUCUGUGUGUUCUGUAGGACGGAGAGUCUCCUCCUGUUGGACAAACAUUGUCUCUGCUGAACAGAUCAGUUGAGUGUGUCCAGGAUCACACAGCUGAUGUUCUUUCUGUCCCACACCAUGUGUCCCUGGUUAGAUUCUGGUGGGGCCCUUUGAUUUUAUUUGGUUGCGUUUGAUUAUCAACUGUCACAUAAUUGAUUUAGAUGUAAUGAAGCUCUUUUUUUCAUAACUCAUAAUCCAUUAAUUGUCAGAAGAUAUCUUAGUUCUUCUGUGCGUUGUGAAGGCUGUUUGAUCCUCAUGAGGUCAAUUUUGAAGGUCCAAGUGAAAAGCUCUCAGAAAGACAGAUCAGCUGCCACCAACCUGUUUUCUCAGGGAGGCAAAGUCCUACUUUGGUGUCUAGAGGAUGUGGGUUCAGUUCAGUUGAAUUUUAAGGUCUAUGUUCAAAGGACAGAGUGAAAAGUGCUGAGAAGGAGUGAACACCUAUGUCUGCUCCAACAGCUGAGGAUGGUAGAGAAAUGCUUUGAGGUUCAGAGGACGUGGGUUUGAUCCUUAUGAGCUGCAGCGAACUUUAAAGUCCAACACCCAAAGUAAAGACUUAAGGCGCUCAGAGAAGAGGUCUCAGCAGCAAGGGGGAUUUGGUGGCAUGGUGUGUUCGUUUCAGGACUGCAAGGCUCCAGUAGUGGAGGUGGAAAGCCAGGCACCUGGAACUGGAUGGUUGCUUGUUUGGGAAACUGUGGUUUGAUUCUUGGCAGAAUUUUGAGGUCCAGGUCCAAAAGAAAGACUGAAAACCACAAAGAACUAAUGCUCAGCUGUGUAAGCCACUAGCUCUGCUUUGAAGUUCAGAGGUCAUGGGUUCAAUCCUUACAAGUCCAACAUCCACUGUAGACUUAAAAUCGCUCACGGGCGAAGUCUGACAACGAGAGGCAGUUGGUGGCCUGGUGGGUUUGUUUCACAACCGCAAGGUGCAAGUGACGCAACACUACUACUAGAAAUACAUGGAGAUACAUACAGUCUACCAUGGACUGUGGUUUGUUGACAGUCAGUACCUGAAGUAACGAGGUACAGACAUUAGAGAGUGAAACUAAAAACCAACAAACUUAACAACUACAUCAGCUCUGAGGCAACAGGUCAAUGGCAGGUGGAUUGGUGGCAUAGUGUCCCUCACAAGCUGUUUCCUGUUUUAUUUUGUAGUUCUCUCCUGUCUGUGUCUUAUCUUAUUCUACUUCCUGUCUUGUUUUUUUUACUGCAUGUCUUUACAUCCUGUGUUCCCUUUGCGUCCCUCCCCAGUGUUUUUUCCUCGUGUGCUUUAUGGUUAGUGGUUUCGUAUCUUCUCUGUUUCUUGACCCUGCCUUUGCCUUUUUGGAUUAUUUGCCUGGAUUUCCAGCUGCUUUUUGUUUUUGUUGCCUUGCCACACCUGCCCGCAUGUGGGUCCAUUCCUGAACCCCCCACCCUCCAUCAUGACACAAGCAGGACCAGCUGAAAUUAUAAUGAAAAGAUAUUUGAACUAUGAGUGUGAUCAGAGCAAACAAGGACUGUUCGUACACAUUCCCUGAUGUUUUCACAAAAAGUGUGUUUUAAAAAAAUGAAUGAAACAUUCACAGACGUGACUAAUGACUGCAGCUGGUGAAUAAAGUGCUUCCGCUUGUGAUAAUGUGUCCAGCUCGUCUGACUUUUGCUUCAUCAUGAGGCUUUCUUCCUGUGUGUGUGUGUGUGUGUGUGUGUGUGUGUGUGUGUGUGUGUGUGUGUGUGUGUGUGUGUGUAACUGUACACCCUGACCCGCAGGUCUGAAUCCCGUCUCCUCUCCGAUGAUGACAUGUCAGUUUGGUGUUAAUCUGCUAAACCUGCCGUCUGACAUUUAACACAGCGAGCUGGUGAACACAGAUUUACACGGUUUGACGUGUGUUGUUUUAAAAAGACAAAUCUGACGUGAAUCAUAAAUCAUCGUGUUCCAAACUCAAAGAAUCGACGUUAUGAUCGCUGUCACGAGAAACUUCAGCUGAUGGCUUUUCACUGGACGGAGGAGGAGGGGUGAUCUUUCAUUGAUUGACCAUCAUAAGUGUGUGCUUACACGCAUGAAUGAGUGUGUGUGUGUGUGUGUGUGUGUGUGUGUGUGUGUGUGUUUGUGUGUGUCCUUGGCUGAGAGUAUAAAAGUCGUCUGAAAUCGUCGGAGUGACAGAAGAGGAGAGAAACGACAAAUCUCCAUCCGACGACAUCGAACAACAAGAAAACGACUGCAAUAAGAGAAAGAAGAAGACAGAGUGGAGAAGAAUGUGUCCUGCGUGGCUGUUGGUGGCUGUGCUGGUUGUGGGCGUGGCCAGAGGAGCUGUCAGUCAGUGCUGGGAGCAUCCGAGCUGUCAGGUGCUCGACUCUGAGAGCAGCAUGAUGGUAACACACGAUCCAACCUUUACCAACCUUUACUUCACCGUGUCCUACCUUCACUUGUCUCCUUUCCUUCUCCUGCAGGAGUGCAUCCAGCUCUGUCACUACAACCUCACCGCAGAGACCCCCGUCAUCCCAGGCAGAGCCCACCUCCAGCCUCCACCUGCGUCAGACUCCUCCUCCUCUCCUCAGGUAAAACGCUCCUACUCCAUGGAGCAUUUCCGCUGGGGGAAGCCCGUCGGCCGGAAACGCCGCCCCGUCAAAGUCUACACCUCCAACGGCAUGGAGGAGGAGUCCGCCGAGGUUUUCCCAGGAGAGAUGAGGAGGCGGGAGCUGGCCAGUGAGUUGUUAUCAGCAGCAGAGGAGGAGGAGGAGGCGCAGGAGGUGAUGGAGGAGGUGGAGGAAGACCAGCAGCAGCUUCUCAGGGACGUCCAGGAGAAGAAAGACGGUUCGUACAAGAUGAAGCACUUUCGAUGGAGCGGCCCACCGGCCAGCAAACGCUACGGAGGCUUCAUGAAGAGCUGGGACGAUCGCAGCCAGAGGCCGCUGCUCACGCUCUUCAAGAACGUCAUCAACAAAGACGGACAGCAGCAGAAGUGACAGACAAACGGUGACCAACGAAAGCUCUGUACCUUUAUCUGAAUGACUGAGAGAGAGAGAGAGAGAGAGAGAGAGAGAGGUUUUGAUAUUUUUGUGAUUCCUGUAAAUACCUGUAAAUGAUAUAAAAACAGAGUUAUUUGCAAGCAAAGGACGAGUCACGUCUUUCUUUGACUCAGACAUGCAGGUAACGUCUUACCUGAAACCCACAGCAGACACAUUCAGAGAACAGUGUCGAACCCUGAAGUCAAACUUUGAAACUACAACAC